GAUAAAUAACCUAAUACGACUCGAAUACUAAUAACCCUAACCAUAAUUAAUAAUAGAAAACUCCAACAACUAUGUUUCUAUCAUUCUCUCCCUCUUGAGAUCAACCUUGCCCUCAAGGUUGACCGACUCCACCUACUUCUCCCGUUCGUGCAAAUCGCGCCUUGACGACUCCAUUUCUUGUGCUUUCUUUUCUUCCAAUCAUGCUCCAGCUCUUGACUUGACCUGUUCUGUUCCUUGAAUUCCCUCAGGCUCUUUAAUUCUCGGCCCUUGAGUAAUCUCUUGCCCAGUCCCUUUUAAUUCCAGCUCCGACUCACUCCUCUUAUCUUUUUGGUCCAAAGGGAGCCCAAAGAUCUCUUUCUUCCUUGUCUGUUCAUGUAUGAGGCCCAUGUCUGUCGGCCUGUUGGACCCGGCGGUCACAAAAUGCUGGCCUAAUUUCCUUGACUCCAGCCGACCAGAGGCCCAAGCCUCUUGGCCCAACAAAGGCGGCUGUUGUGCCGGCCUAGGGUUAACGAGCAUAAGGACUUCGCCGCCAUCCUUCUCCCUGGUAUCUUUCUCUUGUAGCGGACGGCACACCAGGUGGACAGACGGUGAUCUCAGCGCCUCUGUGCUCAUCGUCUUCUCCGGCGACUCGCAAAGAAACUCACCGCCGCCUCUCUUCUCCUUCUUCUUCUCCUUCCACGACGUUGAAACCAUCACCCGGCGGCGAGCCAAGCCUGAUUUCGGCAUCACUAUCGACCUCGCCUCAUCGAUCGAAGCCACCAUGAAAGCUGCCUUCAAUGGCACGUCCUGCUUCCCAUCCCUCGUCGCCACGACUGGAGCAGAACGUAGGGCCUGCGUGAUUUGCGUUGUUGGCGAAGUCAACUGGAGAAUCUGCUCUGGUUCUGCCUUUCAUUGUCGCUCCUUCUUCCCAAUUGAUGACAUGCAUAUACUCGCUUCUGAUUGUGGCGCUCCUUGCUCGACUCGCGGCGGCGGCGACCCAAUCCAGCGGCUCCUUACCGCAUCCACUUUACGUCGUCGGUCAAAACCGACGCAACCCUUCUUCCCCAGCGAAUGGCACUUCUGGUCGCGAGAGGGUAAGCCCCAACCUGCGACCUUGCUUUUUGACUCUGUCCCGUCGUCAUUCGUCGCCAUCGCCGGAGCCCUCGUCGUCUGCAACACCCCAACCUUGGUUCGCGUCAUCGGCAAUAGAACCCGGGAACCCUGCUCGGCCUCUGAUGCACGUUGGUUACCAAUACUUGCGAGAACCCACGUCUUCUUGUCAGAUACCACCACUCCUGCCGUCGAAGGUCGUUGUUGUCUCUUCCUGUACUUCCAGUUCACCAAGCGUCGGUCUCCUUCCCGCACCUGUGGCCUUGAUGUUGACGGCUGCUGAGCACUUGUCGAUGUUGAAGGCCGCGGUUAGUGUGGUUUUCUAGCAUGUAGUAGUUUCAUUUUUCACUUGGGUGUUGUAGAACCCUAACUACUAUCGUGUAAUUGAUUGUGUGAUGGUGGUGUUUAAUUUAAUAAAUGAGAUAUUUUUCA